AUGAUCGUCGGUGUUUGUUGGCGCGUUUGUUUGUUGAUCGUCGUUUGCCGGUGUCGGAGCGUCCUCGAUGAAGAUUAUUCCAACGACUAUCCCUCUUUCGAUCUUCAACCGCAAAUUAAAACGAUAAAAGUGAAGAGCGGCACGAGAUAUACUUUGAGAUGCCACCAUGACGAUGUUCAAUGGUUGUUUAAGCCGUGCGAUUCGAAUUUCAGCGGCACGAUAAUUUGCGACGACAAUCGAAAAUGGAAGAAAAUAGAAAACGUAACCAGCGGAAGGCUCCACAUAGGCUCGGCUAGCCGAAAACACAAAGGUUUAUACAGAUGUCUACAACGCAACGGUACCGUCAGAAGGUUCAAACUAAACGUAUACGAACCGCUCUACACCGGUUCCCCGCCGACGGUGAGCCCUCUGCAAAUCUCCAACAUAACCGGCCCCAUCAACAUGGAGUUCACGAUCCAAUGCCGCGUCACCAGCGAAGUACCACCCACGAUAAUAUGGUUCAAAAGUUGCUACGGGCAAAAGUGCGACUUUCGCUACCACCAAACCUGCUACUGUCACAUCAACACCUCCAUAUCGAACCACAACACGGGCACCACCUACCUCAGCAAGUACCUGAUAUUCGACGCGCGAGACGUGGACGCCGGCACGUACGUUUGCUUGGCCGUGAACCAGUUCGGAAAGGACGAUCGGAACGUGACGGUGGCGGUUCCGGCCAAGGCCGACCGGGACGUCUACUCGUUGCUGUUUCUGGUACCGUUCGGGUUGCUGCUGGUGCCGCUGGUCGCUUGGCUUUGCUACUUCGAGAAGCGGAAGAGAUCGCCGGAGGUGGUGGUGGUGGUGGAUCAGCAGAAGCGGCUGAUCAGACCGGUCGGGCCUGUCAACGAAAUCGUUUAGGUCGAUUGUCUAA